GGGAUUUCUGACAGGGAAGUCGACAAAUAGGUAAACGCACAUUUUUCGACACAGCUGAUGCAACUAGGCGAUUCUGACAAACUUCAUAUUCAUUCGACGUCGUUCAAGAAUCAAUUAUUCCUACAUGUCUCUCGACAGUGUACUCGAAUAGAAAACGCUACUAACAAUGAACAAUGCAGCGGAUUAAGGAGACGCUUGCUCGCCUUACUCGUGCCAGCGGCCGUGAUUCACGCGAUACUCUCCAGGGGCCGCGCCUGGAUCGUGUCGGGCGCACGAGCAGCUCGGCUGGCAGCUCUCGUGAAAGGAUACUCUAUAGCGCGGACGGGAGAGGACCAUGCAUACUCCACGAUGGCAUUCAACCGGGUGAGGAGGGUAUCGAUAUUGUGUUUGUACAUGGGUUAUUCGGAUCCCGAUUGACGAGUUACACGAAAGGCGGUGUGUGUUGGAUUCGCGACCUCUUGGGACAAGACAUAUCCAACGCCCGAAUCAUCUCUUGGGGGUGGACCAGCGCGCUGAGUAGUAGUGAUACAUUUGCUGGUCAAGCCGAAAGUCUUCUGAAUGACAUCUCACGUAUUCGAUCUGGGACGAGGCGCCCUAUCAUCUUCGUGGGCCAUGGAUUGGGAGGUCUUUUAGUUAAGGAAGCAUUGGUCACCGCGGCUCUAUCAAGAAUCUAUGGUGCGCACGUCGAACUGGGUAAUGUGUACCCGCGCACAGUGGGAUGCAUCUUUCUAGCAACUCCUCACACGAGGAGUGGGAAGCGAACAUUAGGUGACUGUGUGGCUGCAACAGCUGUUCUUUCCCCUUCUAUGCCCUCACCAUCCCUGCUGAGAGCUCUCCGCGACAGCAAUCUGCUUCUUGAGAAUCAACAUAGCACAUUUCUCCUGGUGUCACGAGAUAUCAAGGUUGUUUGUAUCAGAGAAAAGCUGCCAACAACAAUCGCUGCAUCAAUCGACAUCAUCCAAGAUGCCAACGGGGUUGAGCUGGGAAAAGGUACAAUGCAGACUAUGGUACCAAAAGAUGCCGUCGUUUAUGAUAACUUCAAUGUCACAAAGGAUGAGAUACCCGCGAGUCACCUGGAUUUGUGUAGAUUCAAAAGCAAGGAUGAGGCCGGGUACAUCCGAAUCGUUUCACACAUCAAAAAGAUUAUUUCGGGACCCUCGCAAGCAGAAGUGGACGCUCAGGAACCACGAAGUCAAGAUAUCCUCAACGCGUUACAUUAUGAUACCAUGAUGGAAAGAGAAUCCCGUAUCGACCCAGCAUAUGGUCAAACGUGCGAAUGGAUACUCUCACCGAAAGUCUCGCCCUUCAACUCAUUUUUAUAUUCUAAGGAGCCUAUUCUGUGGAUUAGCGGCAAGGCAGGGUCUGGGAAGUCCACCUUAAUGAAAUACGCCUGGAAGUCCCAAGAGACGAGGAAGGAGCUUCUUCAAGGGUGGGCUAAGGGUGGUGAGUUGAUUAUGGCCAGGUUCUACAUGUUCGAAGGGGGCAACCGGAUCCAAAAAACAUACGAAGGAUUCCUGCGAAGCGUGCUGUAUCAGAUUCUGUCGAUAAGACGCGAUCUUAUUAAAGUUGCCUUCCCAAGUUUUUACGAUUGUCCUUGGCCGCCUCCAGUUCAGUUCACCAGCACAACCAAUCUCAACCAAGGUUUCUAUUCUCUAUUUGCACAAAUGUCUGAGAAGCUGAGACUAGUAGUCUUCAUCGAUGCUAUCGACGAAUACCGCAUAAUGGAACGAAAGGACCACUACGAGCCUGGAGAUAUUGAAGUUCACUAUGACAUAGAGGAAGGCGACGAGUCUUGGGGCCACAGUAAAUGGCGAACAGAUUCUCACGCGGAAAUCACCAAGCUUUUGAACAGCAUGGCGAGUAAAGACGUCAUCAAGUUCGUUGUUAGUUCUCGCGAACUUCCCGUUUUCGAAGAAGCCCUCAAUGGAUUCCCCAGAAUCAAGCUUCAGGAGCACACGGAAAAUGCCAUUGCUGAAUACAUAUCUGGCCGUUUAGAGGACGAAGCCCCGGGACUCCCAGAUACAGUCAAUCUAUGUGCCGAGCUGGCGCAAAAGAGCCGGGGCGACAUAUUAUGGGCACGCCUCGCUCUUGAUAUGGUUAUUGACGGCAGUCUUCGCACACUUCGGUCUACUUUGGAUUCCCUACCAACUCGACUCGGCGGAACCGACGGGUUGUACAUGAGGAUGAUUGAGAACCUGAAGCCUGAAGACCAAAACGACGCUUGUCGCAUAUUCCGUCUCGUUUUAAGGGCCCAACAGCCUCCUAGUAUUAUCACUCUUGCCCUCGCUGAGCAGGGAUAUCUAGAUCCCUAUCGUAACGAGCUUAAAGUAGUGCAAGACACUGCCCGGCCAUUCACCAAAGCUACACUCCAACAGUUAACCGAUCAAAUGCAACGCCGUCUGAAGGUGUGCUGUGUUGGUCUUCUGGAAGCAGAAUCAAAAGCUGCACCAGAUACUCUCGAAACAGCCCGUCGUGUGGUAUUUAAUCAUCAGACUACCAAAGAAUGGGUAGCCCGUGAGGAUAUUUGGAAGCGUCUUCCUAGUGUUCACGAAGUGGAUGAUGUCGAUCUUGAUCUUGCUUUAUUGAGUGGGUGUGUAAGACAUCUUAAGGCCUUUGAGACUAUUCAGCCUCCGGUCCUUACGUGGCCAAAUGUCCGCUUUAGACCAGAUGCCUGGCUCAUUAUUGCAAACUCGUUGCGAUAUGCUGAGAGGAUCGAUGGAGAAACAAAGAAUGUUGAAAUGUAUGUCGAUCUACUAGACGAAUUAGACGCGUCAAACCAACGGGCUUGGCUCGCGGCCUUGAGAAAUCAUAAACCACUAGUCGAGGACCCAGAUUGGUAUGAUCGAAAGCUUCCCGGUCUUUUACGAAAACACUGGGCUGGCUUUGAGCCGAUGGAAGCAGGCAAGUCACCCAAGAGGAAAGAUUUCCUUUCCCUGGUGGUACAGGCCAACCUCGUCAGAUACGUGCAGUAUAAACUGAACCGGUUUGAUAAGGAGGCCAGGCGAAAGAAGGCACAGGAGCUUCUUGUUUAUGUCGUUAGUCCUAAAGGCGAUGGCUUCAGCGCCUGUGUGAGCUUGAGUGGAGACUAUCUUGACUUCCACCAUGACAUGCCCGAUAGCAGGCUGCUAGACGUAUUGUAUGAAGCUGGCGCAGACCCGAGGGAGGAUGAGCAAGCGUGGCCGAAAGCGCUAAAAGCUGGACGUCAUUACUUCUCUAGGGGAAGCGCAACCAUGACACACUUGAUGGAAACAUAUGCUAGCAAGAGGCUGAUGUUGAACCGAGAGAGAUGGGUAGCGGCCAUUAAGUCUUUGUUGCACCACGGUGCCAACCCCCAUGUUGAAUUGCAAGUUAACACGCCGACCGCCGGCGAAGACAACCAGUCGUCGAAGUCAGUAACAAUCACAGCAAUGGACUAUAUCCGGGAGACGCUAGAAGGCGAGCCUGAAUAUGCAAUCGACCUCCUCCAACUCGAAACAAUGAUGGGAAGACGACCUUCUGUUGGAUUGGCACGAUAGAUGACCAGCCAUGACUUAUGUCACGAAUGAUUAGCAUAACAUACCCAGGAAUAGGGCCAAUUGCAUGAAAUCGGAGGAAAACCCAGGCGCACUAUAUACAUAAAUAGACGAGUUUUUAAGAACCGAUUAAUAGAAUCUCGAAAUCAUAACCAUGGUGGAUGUUGUGAGCGAAUAAUCUCGUCCAUCUAUUUUGGGGUCUUUAAUGUUGGCUCAGUGUAUAAGCAAGAAUAAUUAAAAGUCCAUAUCAUCUUACAACCAAGGUAUAAUUACCGCAUAAACAACAUAUGGCUUACAAUGGCGUUAUCGAUGUAUAGCUAGGGUACAUAACCA